AUGUCAAUUCCAGAACAUCCAUCUAAUCUAGACGUUUUCCCAGCCCAACAUGGAUAUGGAGAAAUUAAAGUCAAUACUCAUACAUUUAGUGAUCAACCCACUGCAUUUGUGAAUCAAGAAAGUAAAGUAGGAGGUUUCAUUGCUGAUCAUACUGAUAAAGAACAUCAAAAACAAUAUGCUAAGCAAAUAUUUGGUUUCUUGACUAUAAAUCAUCCUACUUGGUAA